CUGGGUCAUGGGGAAGAGUCCGUAAGGCCUUACCCCGCCAGCGUCCUAGCUUUUUUGGCUCCUAAAGUCAGCAGGGUCGUUUGUCAUCGCCGAGGCCGCGUCUGCGAAAGGAGGGACUCGCUCCGCGCCUGCUGGUUCCUCUACGUUAUCCGUUGGUGUGGCCCUGAUGCUGCGGCAGGCUCCGGAUUCCUAGAACGCUGGAGCGAAUUUAAGAAGAUUUUGUUCAUGUGUAUGGCAUAGAAGAUGAAUUCGUCCUCCUCCACCAUGAAUGAAGAACCUGAUGCUCUCUCGGUAGUUAACCAGCUCCGGGAUCUAGCAGCAGAUCCAUUAAACCGUAGAGCCAUUGUCCAGGAUCAGGGAUGUCUGCCCGGCCUUAUUUUAUUUAUGGACCAUCCCAACCCUCCUGUCGUCCACUCGGCUUUGCUCGCUCUUCGAUACUUGGCAGAGUGCCGUGCUAACAGAGAAAAGAUGAAAGGAGAGCUGGGUAUGAUGCUAAGCUUGCAAAGUGUUAUACAGAAGACUACAACUCCAGGAGAAACAAAACUGCUGGCCUCUGAAAUCUAUGAAAUUCUUCAGUCUUCCAAUAUGGCAGAUGGUGAUAGUUUCAAUGAAAUGAAUUCACGUCGAAGGAAAGCUCAGUUUUUUCUGGGAACCACAAACAAACGUGCCAAAACAGUGGUUUUGCAUAUAGAUGGUCUUGAUGAUACGUCUCGGAGAAACCUGUGUGAAGAGGCUUUGUUAAAAAUUAAAGGCGUUAUUAGCUUUACUUUUCAAAUGGCUGUUCAAAGAUGUGUGGUGCGAAUCCGUUCAGAUCUGAAAGCAGAGGCUUUGGCAUCAGCAAUAGCAUCAACCAAGGUUAUGAAGGCUCAGCAAGUUGUGAAAAGCGAAAGUGGAGAAGAGAUGCUGGUCCCAUUCCAAGACACGCCUGUGGAAGUAGAACAGAACACAGAGCUGCCCGACUACCUGCCUGAGGACGAGAGUCCCACAAAGGAGCAGGACAAAGCAGUGUCCCGGGUGGGCUCACACCCAGAGGGUGGAGCUAGCUGGCUGAGCACAGCUGCAAACUUUUUAUCCAGAUCGUUCUACUGGUGACUUCAGUUUGGGGCUCAAGGACUGUGUGAACGAACAAGGGGCCAGUUUUCCAUUGUUGUGGUGAACUGUCAAGUGCAAUUUGCGAUAAGUUAUCAUGAAAAGUUUCUAGAUUACAUGAUUAAGAAUGCUGCAUUUUACAUUUUACUGGACAUUUUACCCCACUAAGUGGUAAAAAGGACAGAGGCUACAGGUGGAAUUGCUUUGUUUAUGAAGGUGUUUUGGUUUUGUUUUCCUUUGUUUAAAUUGCCUCACUUUUUAAAAAAUAUGGGUCCACUGUUAAACCAAACAUGUAUUUGUGCAGCUUUACAUUUUAUUUUACACAAAGCACGUGAUUAGGAAAACUUGUUUUCUCAAGCCUCAGGACCUAUCUGAAGAGAAGUUUGUUUGUUUUUUUUUAGCUCAAGUUGUGCAUGAAUUACUGAACACUUUUCUCUGCCUUUUCUCGUGAAAGAUACUUGCUUUGGUACUCUUUCUUUCUCGUGAAAGAUACUUGCUUUGAAAGCAUUUCUCAUAAUUCCCCUUUUGUGCCUUUUUUAUUUUGCCAACCAUGUUUAUAGAAAGGACGUUACUAGUGACAUUUUGUGAAUUAAAACAUAUUCCUUGCAACGUAACAAACCCUUAAAAAUACAACUCUACAAAAACUUGGCAAUCUUAUUUGUUAUAAUUUUUAAAAGAUUAACACAAAAUCAGUCGAGAAGGAAACAUGUAUAUCAGCAAAGUGUUAUUGGAGACUAUUUGAAUGUGACCAAACGUGGUUCUCGUUGACUACUGUUCAGUUUGGUUUAUAUCAGCUCUUGAGAAUUAUGUCCACCCUAAUAUUCGGAGUGACUGUAAAUGGUCUCUAGGCCUUACUUUGUGAUUACACACUAUCCCCUGCUAAGAAAAAAAAAAAAAAUUGCUUGGCAGAUGCCUAUUCAGUAGGUGUUUCCUCGUAUUGCCUUUUGUGAACUUAUUAUGAACAUGCAGUCAUAUUGAAUGAAAAGAAGAAAGACUCAAAUUAUUGCUUAUAAAGAAACAAAGCCAGCAUUUGUCCGUCCACUUAAACUUUCUGCCAGAAAAAAACAGGACUUCAGCAAAGGUAAGAUAAAUAAAUAUAAAUAUAUAUACAUAUAUAUUUUUGGUAUAGAUUUAAGAGCUAAUUACAUAUAUGUAAUGAUUUAUUAAAUUUCUGAAAUAUUUGGCAACAAAAAAUUUUCUUUUGGAAAUCCAACUAACUCCAGAUAAAGUUUAAUGCUAAUAUGAUUAACAAUGAAUAGGAGGAAAUCGAAAACUUUUUUCAUCAACAUGUAGAGCUGCUAUUUUACUCCUUGGAGAAUGUGAAGUGAAAAUUGGACCCUGGAGGGUUUCCUUGCAAUGAAAAUUGCUUCUCUUUUAGAGAAAACUAAAAGCAUCCAGUGUCACUGGAGAAGAAUUAUUGUAAAAUAGUUUGCCAACAAGAAUCUUGAGUUCAAGAACAUUGUGACCUUAUGGAGGGAGGGGUGUUGAGGGUAUGGAGAGUAAUAUUUUUUCACCUGGGCUCUGAUUCAGGUGAUGCGCACAACUGAAAAUAUAAGCUUUCAGGGCAUGUAUUACUUUAAAUGCAUAGUACAACUUGCUGCCAGACCAGAUGUGUUGAAAAAAAAAAAAAACAAAACAAAACCACCUCCUUUCUAUAGCCAUUGAAACAAAGUUUACUGUUCUAACAGGUUUGUAUUUUAUUUUGCAUUGCCACACAUCUGCUUAUUUAAAAAACGACAUCCUUUUGAUAGUAAUUGUUCAGCACAAGUAGGUAUUACAGCUUGAUGUUUGUGUGUUCUAAUUCUCAGUGUUCUUUGAUUCCAGGUCUUAUAUAUAGAGCAGUUAAGGCAACUGUAACAGCAUUUUUUUGAAAUAUAUUGUAAAAUAAUAAAAGGUAACAUAAUUAAAAUUGAAUGGAUAUUGCA